AAUAGCCCUUUAAGUAAUCUUUGCAUCUAUUAACAAUGACAGAAAUGCCACCUGGUUUUGUUGCAGUACAUUUGGCCAAGACAACUAUGCCUAGUAGCAUUAAUCCUUCAACAAUUUCUAAUCAGCAAAGUGAGAAAUGCAUGGUGAAACGUAGAAGAGGUCGCCCUCGAAAACAAGUUGGUCUUCACGAUAGUGUGGCAUCAUUAAACCCAUCAAUUCUUCAGUCUGAAGCAUCAACCAAAGCUAAAGGAUGUCGAAUAAGUGCUAUAGUGACAAGUCAGUUAGGCGGAACCAAUACUUCACCAGCUAUGCAGCCAAAGUCAGGAUUACUAAAAGAAGUGAAGACAGAAAUUGCAGAUAUUGUACCUGAUGUUAUUCAAGGAGGUAUCGGUGAAGUUCUUCCUCCUCCUUGUACUACUUUUGUUCUAGGGGCAGAUCUAAGUAUUCAGCCAACAUGCUUCGUUGAUGUCAAUUUCCUUCAACGAGUGGCGGUUGCUUUUGAAGAAGUGAAAGCAAAUCAAGAAGAAAGCACAAAAACGGUGAAACAAUCAAUUACCAUGAAUCCGAGUCUUGAGCCAACUUUUCUGGCCAUUUGCGAUAAACACGGAGACAUUACAAAGGAUUGUCCAAUGGAGUCGGGUGAAAUGCUUACUUCUGUUCUCGAAGUUAUAUGUAAGGUUGUCCAAGAACUCCAAAAGAAACAUUUGACUGAAGUUGAUCGUAAUGUCCUGGACUCCUAUUACUUGGUAGUCAAGGAUGCUGAGAAAAUGAAGGUAAAUGUUAACUGGUUAAGAACUCGGCUUGAUGAGAUUAGAGAUGCGAUAAAUUGUAUUGUUGAGACAAAAAAGCUCAAUGAUGAGAAGAAUAGGUUUGCGGAACGGAUUGAAAAUGAGAAGAAGGAUCUGGAAUCAAUGAAAGCUUAAUUGGAGAAACUCAAUUCUGAAAUUAGAAGAAGGGAAGGUCAGCUCGACUUGGAAAUGCAGCUGACUGAAGAUAUAAGCAGUUGGAUUAAUAAUCGGGCACUCAAAAUUCAGCAGUUUCAAAAUAUGCCAUUGAUGGAGGCGUUUCAAUAGUUCUACUGUGUCAAAAUCUUUUGUCUACCCUUAGUCUAUUCUGAUGUUUUAGGAUAGAUAUUCCUCUAGCUUAUUGUUACUUACCCAAAGUGUCAUUUGAUCUAACUCUCACAUCUCAUUAGUUGGUGGGAGCUCUUCUGUAAUACAGUAAAAUAUUCAAGGCUGGAAUAGAAGUAUUUUUGCUGUACAUGCUAGCAAAUUGGAAAUUCGCCCCUUUUUUUCUUCUCUAUACGAACUGCAUUGAUGACUGUUAUGCUGUAUAUGCAUG